AUGAACAGCCGAACCGGGAAAUUCCUGUGCGUCAUCCCGCCGAAAACCUUAUCCAUCAAUCACGACACCGGGGAAGCGCAUCAACAGAGCGAGCAACACGUGAGAGAGGCGUUGGAAGCUAUCGAGUUUUCGAACAAGUCGACGAGCGAGUUGAACGGUGGAGGGAUUGCCAUUGGGGUUGGGCCAAACGUGCAAGCGUUCACGGAUAACGAAAUCAUCGUCUCGUUCGUCGGGCAUUUAACCAACGUGGAUUAUUUAGCGUGGAGGUUAUUCUCACCUGAAGGGAGGCGAGGGGACGACUUGGAGAAGAGGGCGCACGCGGAUCCUUUGGAAGCGGCGCAUACGUUGGUAGGAGGACGAUGUUACGAAGCUGAAUUGGUGUGCCACGUGUAUAAGACAUUCGGGACGCACUGCUUGCCGAAAUUGAGAGGGAAGUUUGCGUUUACGUGUUACGACGCGAGGACGGUGCGCGUGUUCGCGGCGAGGGACGCGAGCGGCGAGUUUCCGUUGAAGUACGGGCGAGGCGCGGAUGGGACCGUGGUGGUGUCGAAUUUCGAAGGCGCGUCGGAGUUAUUGCCGGAAGAUACGAGUGGCAUGGAGGUGAGCCCGCCAGAGUUUGAAGAUUUACCCGCCGGGACGUAUAUUUAUGGACAUCGCAGCUUAAUACCGAGACGGUUCGAAAGGACGGAAGAAACGAGGACGAAAGAAAUCGAAGCGGCGCACGACGCCGUCGCGGCAGCGUUGAAAGGCAUCGAUUUAGGGAAAAAAGCCGGGAGGAAAUCUCUCGAUGGGGAAAUCUCCGGUCGACCGUGGAUGAAAGCGAACCGAGAACAAGAUUCGGCCGGGUCGUCGAGGAGGAAUUCCAUCGAUCAACAAAGACCGGCGCCGAAUUUAUCAGCCGCGGCGAAACCGUUCGAUAUUUCAAAGCUCGAUUCGCUCCCAGAACACGACACGCCAGCACCGAAAGAGGACGACCACAAGGAAGGCACAGAGGAGGAACAUCGCCAAGCGGAAGCGGUGGCCGUCAAGGCGGCGCAAGCGGCGUUGAAACGCGUCGCAAGUGGUGCAAACAUGCGCGGUAUCGUCAGAAUGGGAUCCACGCACGCGAUGUCGCUGUUAGACGGCACGCCGCAGUCGCCAGCCAGGAGAAGCAGCGCGGCGUUGACGGACUCCCCGAAAAUGCACAGAGUACCGAGUCGUUCGGGUUUGAUCUCUGGUAUGGUCAAAGUUGCGAGUUUCGAGGAGUUUGGCAACAUCGGCUCGCUGAACGAUUUACGACACGCCGCCAAGUCGCCUGGGAAAGAAGAAGGAGAAGAAAACUUGGAAGACAAAAGAAAUGCCUCCUGGGUGGACUUGUCUAUGGUUGUUGUUAGCGGGAACGGUGGUGGAGAUAAAGAGGGUGAAGAUGAUGAGUGA